CAGGCAUGGUUCAGGGGAUGGCAAUGAGAAGCGCUUUAUUGCUAGAGGCGAGGGCCGCAUCGAGCACAAUACCAGCCAGGAGCGAAAAGGGAGAGGGAGGGAACAAGCGCAGCCAAGGAGACCAGAGAAAAACUCGUGCCCCUCCAAAAUCCCCAUCUUUGCAAAAGAGGGCCCGGGACGCAAGCAUGCACAAAAGCAUUCUUGGCUUUCCCUUUUGAGGAAGAAAACACAAAAGGCCCGCGCGGCGUGAUAAUUUACUUCAAAUUGGAGGAGAAAGGCGUGACAGGACGGCACGGCUCCGUUUUGAGCCCACUUGAAAACUCAUCCGCUGCAUGAAUGAUAGCGACAUCUGGCAGAAGAACGACGCACAAGUACGAUGGGAGCCACCAUGAGGAUCACAUGUCUGCUGCUUUCACUUAGUCUUUUCUGUCAGAAAGCGCGCUCAGACAACACGACUGCAGCUACCGGAGUCACCGUGGCGAAGAACCCUCCCACGGAAGGGGCGAUUGCUACGCCCUUCAAUGCGACAAUCGUUGCCAACAAAUCUACAAUACAGACCGUAGUCGAGCCCGUUACUAACAAACCACACAUUCUAGUGAUGACAAUUGGCGACGCAGGUAAGGGGACGCAGGCCACAACGGCGUUACCAGGGGUCACCUUAUCACCCAUCAGUACGGCGCCCACCGCCAAGGUAACAGCAGCCCCGACAACGCCGCAUCAGCAGAAAAAGGACAGCCCAGUUGAUGCUGGCGCCUCGAGCACGCCACCUACUGUUAAGAGUGCGACACUCGCCUCAAUUAUCACGACGGUCCCUUCGAAAGCCACCCUUCCGGUCACGACGGUGGGCAGCACGCAAGCACCCACCCCGAGCAAGAAAAACCUUGACGUCGUCACCGGUGCACCGACAAGUAAAGUGUCCACAGUCGGCACUACGGCGAAUCAUCAGCCCGUCACGCAGAUUGUCGUCGUCGUCAAGACAACGCAACAGGAUGUGAAAGCAGUGACAACCACAGCGAUGAGCCCCCUACAGACAGCGACUUCAGGGACCACCAAAACAGCGGUGAGGGAGCAGACCACCACAAAUUCGCCCAUCUUGCCCUCCACUGCCCCCUCCAUUAUUGUAACCACAAGUGCGACCCCGGGCGCCACGUCCGCGGAAAUCAUCGCCACGACCACGAAAACAACUCCUGCUUAUCCAAAGAAGUUUUCGUACUCGCUGAACAAUGGACAAGAGAAGGAGGAGGAGAAAGACCUGGUGGAGGUCUGCAGGCGCCUCAUGGGUAACCUGAAGGACGGAAACUGCACGCUGACGUGGCGCCACCACAAAGGCAAACUUGUGUUUGACUGCGUGGAGAUCAACGGCAAAGUGAAAACAGCCCUGGCGACUCAGUAUUACGAAGAAAUAACAAAGAAGCCGACCGACAACAAAACCUUGAUUGCCAUUUUGGCGUCGUGUGGCGCUCUGCUGAUUAUGAUCAUCAUCCUGGCCGUGUGCGCAUCCCACCACCGCAAGCCUUACAGUGAGAACCAGCAACACUUGACCGAGGAGCUGCACACGGUGGAGAACGGUUACCACGACAACCCCACGCUGGAGGUGAUGGAAGUGCAGCCGGAGAUGCAGGAAAAGAAACUGGUCCUCAACGGCGAGUUCAACAACGACGGCGGCUGGAUCGUGCCCAUUGAUAACCUGCUCAAGGAGGACGUCCCCGACGAGGAGGACACGCACCUGUAAGGGAGUACAAGCCCAGCAUGGAGUCAACAUUUCACCCCCAGCCCAAUAAAACGGGGAAUACGGAUUGGGUAGCCAUACCAAACUGCUUUGAUUGCCUGACUUCAGCAUAUAACACAAGUGAGGUUUGCACACGGUGCCUUUCCAAAAGGGUUUUAUAUCCAUGUUCAAUUAUACUCUUUGUACACACAGCGGCUUUUUAUAGGCCCACAGAUAAACAGUUCACAGACUCUCUUAACGUUUUGGAUUCAAACGAUACAGUGAUGCCUUGAGUCAGUUGGUAUUAUACUGCCCCCAUGCGGCCAGGGGAAGCACAGCAGCAGCGCCAGAAUGUUCAUUGAACCGAAGCCAAAAAAAACCCGUUUAAUUCUUUAGAUUCGGGUUCAUUGUCAUUGCUGUAUGUUUUUCAAAACAGUCUAGUUUUUUGAGGGGCGGGGGGCGUAGGGUAGUGUGGAGUGCAUCGGCAUUUCCAUUCAAUUCAAUGGAACCAAUUGAACUUGUUUCUCAAAGCACCACUGUACUUGAUGAUGAGGGUCUGAUGAAAAUCAGACCCUUGAACUCUGUAUAAAAUUUUACGGCCAGACUAAAAGCUUCUUCUGGCUGAAACACUGUAAAUAUUUUUAUUAUUUUUAUCAUCAUUAGUCCUAUUGCCGAUGCUGGACGGUUCAAGUCAUAUUUUUUUACCUGAGCACAUUUGAAUGUAUUCAAAUUCCCCGUUAAGAGUCAAACAAUAAAUAUAUAUUCAACUUGAAAAUACAGUAAUUCGCAACUAUUUAGCAAUAUAGUGAAAAAAAACCAUGCACAACGGAUGCGCCCCCACCCCAAAAAUGUUUAUAUUGGCCCAUCUUAAUAAUUUCAACUGCAAA